UUUGCAGCGAUGGCCUUUGCUCUCCAAGGUUACGAUCAAGCCGUCAUGAACGGUCUCCUGACCCUGGAUACCUUUAAGCACCAGUUUCCUCAGAUCAAGAACUCCAAUAUCGAAGGUACAGCUGUGGCUAUUUAUGAAGUUGGCUAUGCGAUUGGAGCACUAUCUUGCGCCUUUCUCGGCGACAUUCUCGGUCGUCGUCGUACAAUCUUUAUUGCAGGUUGCAUCGUCAUUGUUGGUUUCGCGAUACAGAGCAGCUCAUUCUCUCUUGGACAACUCAUUGCUUCCAGAGUCAUCACAGGCCUC